CUGAGAUCUAGCAAGAAUAUGGUCCUUGGAAAUGCAAGAAUCUCGCGUCAAGCAGAAGACCGCUCAAGAAGGUCGAUGGUAGCCUGUAACCGUUGCCGUUCUAGAAAAACUCGCUGCGCCGGCAAUCCACCCCACCCUUGUGCAGCAUGCGUGGAUGCGGGCAAGAAUUGUGUAUAUUCAGAGGCUGAAAAGCGAGUCUCCAUAACCGAGAGCUACUUUCGUCAACUACAAGCGCAAGCUCCUACUUUGCGAGAAGAUAGUCAUCCAACGCCAUCAAGUGAGCCAUCGACAUCCAAUCGCUACUCUGAGGGGCCACCAGAACGCGACGACUGGUGGUACAAAGGGACAGAUAAUCUGUUCUUGAAUCGAUUGGGCGAACACCAUUUCGUGGGUGCCUCGUCCACCACACAUCUCGCGAAACGGCUCAACCCCGGCUCCACAAAUCUUGCAUGGGAUGUGCGCCCACUUUACGAUGACCCUUCAUCAUUGAAAAGACCGAUUGGUGGCUCAUUACCUCAAUUGCCACCUUUUGAGUUUGCGAAACGACUAUUCUGGGUACAAUACGCCUACAUCGGUACCAUCUUCUCCCUUAUUCAACCCAUGGAGUUUGAAGAACGGCUCGAUCUAGUCUACCACCAACCACUUGACUUUGCGCAUCGCGAGUCUUGCCUAGUAUACUGCCAAACACUCUUAGUUAUUUCUUUUGGCUUGAUGUACAGUGUGAAUCAGUGGAUUGGCGAGGAAGGUCCUCCCGGCUUUAAAUACUUCAAGCAUGCGUUACGUUUCUUGCCCGAUAUUCACGAAGAGGGCUCGAUUCUCUUCGUUGAGGUGCUAUGCUAUGUGGCAUACUACAUGCAGAAUCUGAACAGGCGGGACGCUGCCUUCCUCUAUAUUGGACUCGCUCUGCGCAUGGCUAUCUCACUAGGCCUACACCAAGAAGUGUCUAACCCCUCAAUAAGUGAAGGAGAUCGCAACCGUCGACGUCGGGCUUGGUGGUCUGUUUACAGCUUGGACCGGUUACUCUCGGUCAAGUCUGGCAACCCUAUUACAAUUCACGAUGGAGACAUUGGGAUAACCUGGCCCACAACUGUAGUGUGUUGCCUUCCAUGGGUGGAUCGAACCUUGAUCCAUGGCCAUCAACCGUUCUCACUCAUUAUACACAACUAUCCCGUAUACUGGGACGAAUUGGGGAAGAUGGCCACAGAAAUCUACAGAAAGAAACCUGGAUCCGGAUCCAACCUCGUUGCUUCUGUGCAGAGUAUCACAAAUGACCUUUCUGGCUGGCUGCGGCAAGUACCAGACCGGCUCCGUAUCGAUUUCAAUACACUCGAUACCCACAUCAAUCGAGAGACUGUCUCGAUCAAUUUGCACUUCUACUCGUGUGUGAACAUGACUGCACGCCCGUUGGUCUUCUAUGUCAUUCAACGACGACUCGACGCGGAAGUCCUUGGAUCCACAACAGAAGAUUGGAAAGAAGGGCUAGCUCCCAAUACAGUCGCCGUCAUUGAUAGCUGUAUCACGGCAGCGCGAGCAACCACGGUGAUCAUGGAUGCAGCUGCAAAACAUAAUCUCGUUGCUACAUAUGGAUACCUCGAUGGUGAAUAUGUCUUCUCCGCUGCACUGCUGUUGGUCAUGGUGAAUGCCGCGUUUCCACCUAAUGAAACCAAUGCCCGGGCCAUGGAGACCGCACUGAACCUUCUGCGCGGUAUGGCAGAUCGCGGAAAUACAUAUUUGGACUCGCGUCACACAUUACUGUUGGAAUUACGGGCAGCCAUUGGGCCUAGACGUGCUGAGGAAAAGGAUACUACUGAUACGGCAAAUUCUCUUGCUACAGGUCAGAAGGCCCCUGUGACGCCGAUGACCGAAAACGGCGCAAAUAUAUCAGACAAUGUUCCAGAUUUGAGCACAGAGUUAGCAACUUCCCAAGUGCUUACUUAUAACUGGCCACAGCCGCCAGAUCUCCCCUCUUUCCGAGAUAUUGCCUUCCAGUUUGAUCUAAACGAUGACCCAGCACUCUGGGAAGGGGCUUUGGAUCAAAUCGAUAUUGACAUGGACACUGACUGGAUUGAGAAUACUUUAAAGCGAUAA